AUGGCGAACCUGAAUUUCGAUGCUCUAAGGGACUUACAUAACUCCGCUAACGACCUCCUUCACUCGCCGAUAAUCAAGCGAGCACUCGUUCACCGGGGUCAAGAGAAAUGGGUUCAUCAAGUGUCCGAAUCGUCUCUGAGGAUGUUGGAUGCAUGCGGCAUCUCCCGAGACAUUCUCUUGCUCGUCAAGGACCACGUUCAAAACCUACAAUUCACCUUGCGUCGAGUAAGCACCGACGAGUCCGAUAUCAGAACCAAGAUAUCGGUUUACAACCAGUACUCGAAGAAGCUAAAGAAAGAUACUCUCAAGUGUUUGCAAUCACUAAAAGGGAUGAAAAACAAACCUAUAGCUAACGACAUCGUAACACCCAUCGACAAUAACUUGUCGAUGGUUAUAGAUGUGUUACAAGAAGUGAGAGUAACUGCCAUCUCCGUUGUGGAGUCACUUCUUCCCCUCGUUUCGAUUCCAUGGCUGGAACGAAAAUCGUGUAAAGGGUAUUUUGGAUCGAAGUUCAUGCGAUCGAGUUGCCGGAGGUUUUACGAUAUAAGUGAUGAACUGGAGGUUCAAGGCGCGAAUAAACGAUUGCAGGCAGUGGAAAUAACGAUUGAGGAUCUUGAAGCUGAGAUAGAGUGUAUGUUCAGAUGUUUGAUACAGACUAGAGUUUUACUUCUUAACAUAUUUACCAACUAA